AUGUCGGUGACGCCGGGCACCGCUUUGCCCACGUUCCUCUCACUUUCCACCUCCUUGCCGCCUGGGGGAAAACGCUCUGCCUCUGGCGUGCCUCGGCUUUUACGUCGCUAUCACCCUGUUUGGCUGGCAUCCCCACUUCCUCUGCGCUGUCUGUUUCUUAUAGUUAUUUCGCGUGCACCUUUGUCGCUCGUUCCUUUGGCUUCCCCGACUUCUCUAGGCCCCCGUGCCCCUUCCUCACCCGCACCUGGUCUGUUGGGCCUUACUGGCAUUGUCUCUGGUGGGAGGAACUGUCUGCAAUUCGCGAGUUUAUACACGCGGCAUUUGCUGGACUGCGUCCUGCUCGACUCGCCUGUCGCUUUGGUUUAG